AUGUUUGUGCAUAGAGAUGCUCAUGCAGCUUGCCUGAUCCCUAAAGAAAAGUAUGAGUAUAAAGGCUCCCAGCUGUGGAGCAGUGUGGAGAACUGUGUUCUCUUUCUUUCUGCAACUUUUCCACCAUAUCAUGCCUCAUGUGGACCUCCUCUAUGCCAAACUCCAGAAGAAGGUCAUAGAUUCAGUCUGUAUCCAGAAGAGCAUCCAGCAGUUCCAAGAGGACAUUCAAAAGAUCAGAAAUUCUCUUCACUCUAUGGUUGGACAAAGCAGUGUAGGUAUAGCAGUCAGCCAGUAAAGAGGUGUCGGACACUCAGUGUAGAAGACCACGAAAGGAUUGCUGCAGAAGUCUGUGAUAUCAUACUGGGACACACCAGGGAGCGCUUUUCCUUCACGAACCACCUUGUUAGUGCCACACUCCUGCAGGGGGACAGGUUUGAACAAUACAACACAGCAUUUCCUGAAGAUGCACUGAGCAACACUUUAAAAGCCUAUCCAGUGCUUAAUGGAGGUAAGCUGAAGACAGAGCUUAGUCUCAUCUACAGCAAGGAAGAGUUCAAAGCAUGUUGUGGUGCUGUGGGCCUACUCCAGCUGUUUAUGGAAAAUAACCUAGAAGAAGUCUUUUCAGAAACUGUCACACUCCUGAAGAUACUCAUCACCACACCCAUGACCACAGCAGAAGCUGAAAGGUGCUUUUCGACUCUGAAAAGAAUUAAGACUUUUCUGAGAAACUCAAUGACUCAGGACAGGCUGAAUGCAUUGGCCAUGUUGUCAAUGGAGAAAACACUGGUCACAGAGAUGACUGAUUUUAAUAAGAAUGUAAUUGAGAAAUUUGCAGGCCAGAAGGAAAGAAGGGCAAAAUUCAUGUUCAAAUAGUGCUAUUUUUUAAGAUCCAUUUUAUGUUUUUUUUUUUUUUUUUUUUUUUUUUUUUUACAUUGGUUUGUUUGCGCCCCCCUCAGUUUUUUUAGCACCAGCCGCCACU